CUGUGACGCAACGCGCUUUGCUGACUGGCUAGCGCACGAAGACACGCGAUACUCCGCCGCUGGACAAUAGCUCGUCAUAAGACACCGAGACGCCAUUCUCCCGAGUGCACGGAUAUCAUACUAACCUCAAACUCGUUGCAGCGCCGGCCUACCUAAGAUACUCAACGUCAAACGAAGAUGUCUGGAAAUACGGAUUGGAAGUCAGCAUCUACCAUCUACGACUUUACGGCACGAGACAUCCAGGGCAAUGACGUGUCCCUGGAGAAGUACCGCGGUCACGUCUGCAUCAUCGUCAAUGUCGCUUCCAGGUGCGGCCUCACUGCUACCAACUACAAGGAGCUGGUGGAGCUGCAGAAGGAAUACGGCGAGAGCAAGGGCCUGCGCAUCCUGGCGUUCCCGUGUAACCAGUUCAACGGCCAGGAGCCGGGAAACAGCGAGCAAAUAGCCUGCUUCGCGCUCAAGACGAUGGGCGCCACCUUUGACCUCUUCGAAAAGGUGGAGGUCAAUGGUGACAAUGCUCAUCCCCUAUGGAAAUUCCUGAAGAACAAGCAGCCGGGGACGCUGGGCAACUUCACCAAGUGGAACUUCACCAAGUUUGUAGUCGACCGCGACGGCAAUCCAGUGGCCAGGUUCGCGCCCACGACGGAGCCCAAGAAGAUGGUGGACACGCUCAACAAGUUCUUCUGAUCCGGACCGGGGGGCUUUCGGCGUUCAGGCGAUUCCUACCAAUCGCCUCUGUUCCUUGGGGACAGUAGAAUUCAUGCGUACAAAUGCUGUUACACUUUAAACUUCUCACAGGGACUGUCAAAGCACAUUCGAGACUGUUUUCUAUCUGCACGUUGAAGCGAGAUUAUUUAGCGUAGACAUUUUGGGAAGGGGGAGGGGCGUGGAGUCCUUCAAGGAGCUGUACUGAUGCGAACAUAGAAUUGUUUUCAGAGAUACAUCGCAAUAGCGCUCAUCCAUAGUGUAAAGUAAACUAAAAUUUCGAGCAUUAUACACCUGGUAUCUAAUACCGUUUUCAAGCUUUUUCACUUUGAAAUUAUAUUGAAAUAUAUGUAUUAUUAACGUCUGUAGUCAUCGUUUCGAAGAUAUUAAUGCAAGUGUACGAUGCUGACCAUGAAGUCAUCUAGACUGUUUUCCAUCUCUUAUUGCAUCCUGAUUUCUAGUGGGUGAAUUUCAUUUUGUGAAACUUUCAGCAGCAGAGGAAAGCAUUACAACGUCGUGUGUCUUGAAAAUCUUCAAUUUUAUGGUUGGACUGAAACCUCCUUGAGUUUGGAUCUGUAUCCUUUAACGAACUGAUGCAACAUUAUUAACCACUUUGAAUAGAUAGUAUCUCGCUGUAGAAUUGAUAAGAUUUAGCCAUUGUAAAUUUUACUGUGAGUUCGAGUUCUUAAUAAACUACAUGUACAACCACAAAAAAGCAGUUUAUUGUUUUUUCUUGCGUCGUGUUUCAGACGUAUUGUGCUUCUCAGAUAAAGAUUGUGGUCACUGUGAAGAGACAUAUAUGUUUCCAGAAUGAGAUUUUCCCUCUGCAGCGGAGUGUGAGCUGAUAUGAAACUUCCUGGCAGAUUAAAAUUGCGUGCCGGACCGAGACUCGAACUCGGGACCGCGUGUCGGUCUGGCACACAGUUUUAACCUGCCAGGAAGUAUGAGACACAUUUGUGUUCGCUAUUGAUACGUUACCAAAAAUAAGAUUUUUUUAAAUCUAUUUAUUGCUUAAGGUGGUAUAAAACUCAUGAAUGAUAAUGACCAGGUCUACUUAAUGCUUCAUCUUUCAUGUUCUAUGUUGUAUGUAGCUCAUGUUUACUUUUGAUUCACGUUAGAUGAUGUUUGCUACACUUGUUUCCCGCAUUGUUUCUCACUUAUACGACUGAUGGCUAACUGCUGCGAG